UUACGCCAUGCUCAUUCACGUUUCUAAAAGUAUUAUUUAUUGUUAAAAAAUAAUUCAUUUCAACAAAAUAAAUGCACCUUAAAUUACGUUUAGCCUAGAACUAGCAAAUUAAAAACAAAUAAAAAAAAAGCAAUGAACUAAAUAUAAAACAAACAGCAUGCAAACCAACAGCGACCUCCGGGUCAACAACUGGUUUCUGUGGGACGCCCGUCUGCUUUGUGUUGAUUUAGAUUAUCUGAACGCGAGCACUUCCUGGAUCUGGACUGUCCCACCGCGCAUGGGACGCCGCUCAAACCCAUCCAUCCAUCCUACCGCCUCGUGGGUCAAUUAGUGUACCUCGUAUCUCACGUUACACGCACAAUCCCGUUCUCCGCGUGGACGGGCGCGCGGAGCGUCGCUCAUUCUAACAGGUGGCGAGCGAUUCCAGGUGCAGCAGCAGCAGCAGCAGCAGUUCAUCACCCAUCGCUCGCUUCUCUUUGCGAGCAGUUCUUGGGCUCCUACGCGUAUUAACACAGUCUAAUCUUUGCGUGUGGGGCAUUUGGGCGAGGGACGGAUUGGUUUAAUUAGCCUUCAGCUUACAGGUGGGCGAAAACCGUUUGUAGGACGGCCCCUCUUUCAGUUCCUCAACAGGAGACGCGGGACUGUCAUUUGUUUGCCAUCCUGUGGGACAGAAGAAACGGCUCCGUUAACAGGUGCGAGGAUAGACGAAUACACCGGCGAUAAGUCGCGUGUUUGCGCAGAACGCGAUCAGAAGAACAUUUUCAUCGGCGUUCGCGGUAAAACUAACAGCUUUAUCCGCACAUCCAGCGCGUCUCGGAAGCCUCUUUCGUGCCGGAGGAGGACCGACAAAGCCAUGUCAACCAAAAAACGGGUGGAUUUAACGAGAAGGAGCCGGAGCCCCGCCGCGUCCGAGGCGGAGAUGUUUGGUGAUUUUCAGGAGUGGUGCCUCCGCACUUACGGAGACUCCGGCAAAACAAAGACCGUCACCCGGCGAAAAUACAGCAAAAUCCUGCAGACCCUCUUACAGAGCGACGACUCGGAAGGCGUCUAUAUCGAGAGCAACCACAUCAACGCCAAAUUUAAGUUCUGGGUGAAAUCCAAAGGUUUCCAGGUGGGCAACACCGACGGCAAGCCGAACGAGAACGGGGCAGCGGACCGACCGAUCCUGUACGUCCCCAUCAAGGCAACGUGUGUGGACGGUGGUUUGGGGCCGGAGAGCUCUUCACUGAAGAGGGUCGCUGUGGUGGAGGACUUCUAUGACAUCAUCUAUGCCAUGCACGUGGAGAUCAGCUCCGACCCAGCCAAAGCACCCAAACACGCCGGACAGAAGAAAACAUAUAAAGCGAUUGCGGAGACGUACGCGUUCCUGCCCAGAGAAGCGGUGACCCGUUUUCUGAUGAGCUGUGGAGAAUGUCAGAAGAGGAUGCACAUCAGCCCCAGCGGAGCAGAGUUCAAAGAAAAUAAUCAACCGACUACACUGGCGGCCGACCUCAUAGACUACAACAUGCCUCUCACGACCACCUACUUGAAACAGAAGAAACUACAGUGCAUGAACAACAACGAGCAGGAUGACUGUUCAGUGAGUAGUGAGGAGUUUGAUAUGAGUGACCCCACAUGGAUAUCAGCUGAACGUCACGCCGCACUGUCUGACCUGAACCACCCCUCCAGCGCAGAUAGGAUGCACAGCCCGCAAAAUACACACAAGGAAGAGGACGAUGAUUCAUCUUCUGAAAGUGGGAGUGGCAAUGGCAUUCGCACACUGACUCCUCCCUCGGUGGGUGCAGCCGCAGCGAGUGACAAUACAGGGCCGGGACCCGGAUCGGGCUCGUACGCCGAGGUUAACGGCAACGGAAACGGUACAGCGGCACCGCUCGACUUCAGCACGACUUCCUCAUCCUCAUCCUCAGAGGACCAGCAACCAGUCAACCUCAGCGACAGACUGAGUCAGGCCCUGCCUAGUGCUGCUGCCAUGCUGGCGACCUUUAACCCUGAGCAUUCAGAGGAGCUGCGCAGAAAAUACCCCAAAUCCUCAGAGAUACGCCUUGACCGAGAUAUCAGGGAGUAUAAUAACAAGUCUCCUCAAUACAGUUCAGGCAGCUAUGAUUCAAUAAAGAUGGAGAUAUGCCCUGAAGAUCUGACUGUUGGUCGGCCUCAGACGGCUGACGAUGAUGACGAUGACCAUGAUGACCAUGACGAUAGCGAUAAGAUCAAUGAUGUGGAAGGAGUGGAUCCAGAGAGGUUAAAGGCUUUUAAUAUGUUUGUGCGUCUUUUUGUGGAUGAGAACCUGGACCGUAUGGUGCCAAUCUCUAAACAGCCUAAAGAGAAGAUCCAGGCCAUUAUUGAGUCUUGCAGCCGUCAGUUCCCAGAGUUUCAGGAACGCGCUCGCAAACGCAUUCGUACCUACCUCAAAUCCUGCCGCCGUAUGAAGAAGAAUGGCAUGGAGCAGACUCGACCCACGCCACCCCACCUGACCUCGGCCAUGGCUGAGAACAUUCUAGCAGCCGCCUGUGAGAGUGAAUCACGCAAAGCUGCCAAAAGAAUGCGCAUGGAUGUCUACCAGGCACACGAUGAGCAGUUAUCUCUGGAUAAGGCGGUCUCUCGUGAGCCGGUCUCGCUGACCCACUCUGCGUACUCCCUUGCUGCCUCAGCUUACUCCCAGGACCAGCUAUACAUCAAUGGAGGCCUCAACUACAGUUAUCGUGGUUACGGCGGACUGUGUGCCAGCAUGCAACACCCCGUGUCACUGACAACAGCUACUGCCCAGACCAACGGACCUACUGAUCUCAGUAUGAAGUCUCUGGCUUCAAAUUCGUCCUCGUCAAGCUCCAGUAGUCUCGGCAGGAACGGAGGAGGAGGCGGGGCUUCAGCUCAGCUUAGCCAUACAGAAGUGGCGGCAGUGCGUCAGCUGAUCGCGGGAUACCGUGAGUCCGCGGCCUUCCUGCUACGAUCGGCAGAUGAGCUGGAGAACCUCAUACUACAACAGAACUGAAUCGAUUCAGCGCUCUCUGUCUAAACGCGUAAACCCUCGUCCCUCACAUGAUUCUCAUCAGAGGUUUUCCAAUCACUGAGGAAAACCAUCUGGCUCUUAAAGAUGUUAGAAGAGAGAGAAAACACAUAGCUCCAUCAAGCUUUUGCUUUCAUAUCAUUUCAGCGAGAGCGGCCGAGAGAUGGAGAUGAAUCUCUGAAGGACACUGAGGUUCGAUGGGUCCUCCGCAUAUUGCUCCCGCAUUUCAUGCCUUCUCCGCAGCCUCCCUCUGUUUAACCGCCAUUCGUUCCCCGCCGAGAGCCAUCGAUUUCUGAUUUUCUUUGUUUUUAGCUACUUCAAAGGAGGAAUUAUGGCACGCCAAUCCUCCAGGCGGCACUAACUAAAUGAAGACACUUUUGAUUUGGAAGCGUAAUGGAAAGAAAGAAGAUGAAAAAAAGAGCAAGAAGAAAACUAAUAGACCUUUGUAUUUGCUGUAAAUAAGCACUCGCUGUGUCCUGAAGCACUUUUCCAUUCGUUCUGACCUCUGAAUCAUUAAUUUAUGCAUAUAGAUACGCAGGUGGAAGCUCACCUGGAAAUACCUCAGCCUGUCUGUCCCGCUCUCUCUCUCCCAGCGUUCCCUCUCUGUGUGUGGGAGAAGAAAAUUAUCACCUGUCCGUCCUCGACUUCACAGUCCGCUGAUUUGGGCAUCGGAAGCAGAGAGUGGGAGUGAAUUUGUUUCUGUAAUUGAACUGCGCAUUUUCAUUUCCACCUCCUUCAAAUGUGUUGUACUGUAUAUAUUCCGAUCCUUUUCAAGGUAUUGAUGGCAAAAAUACACUGGACUCGUUUUGGGAAUGGACCUUUCCUGAUGCAUUGAAACACUUCGGUCUCACAGAUGCCGACCCUCUUCGUUUCCUCUGUACGGGUCACCCUCUGUUCUCCUCUUCUCUAUGUGUCCUUCCAUUUCUCCUCCUCCACCUUAUUAUUCUGCUUCGGUCGGAGGGGAAGGAUCCGGAAUGGAAGCUUGUAAGUCUAUAUCUGUUGACUUUUCUUAAUGGCCAUUAAUCCACUCUGCUGCUAUGGACUCCAACGUAACGCCACAGACCUGAAACCUCAAGCCUCCCAAACACAACCAGAGCACCUCAAGGCGAAAAAAAAAAAAAAACAAGGCGAAAAAAAAAAACAAAAAAAAAACUAAAUGGAAGCCAAAUCCAAAAAAAAAAAAAAAAAAGAUAAAAACUGCCGUUUUGCAUUCUGGUCGAGAGUGUUUGAUUUAAUACUGAGGGCUGCUUGUGUUUGCUUUUGUUUGAUUUGUUCUAAAAGCGCGGUGUGUGCUUAAAUCUCGAGAUCAACUGGGAUCAAAUCGUCUUUGGCACAAGAGCUCGGUGCGCACACAUACACGAACACGCGUACGACACCAACAGACACGCUAAAAGGUCUUUAGUGAACGGAAUAUUUAACAGAAGAGGUUUAAAAAUGUGUAGUUAGUGAGGUAGAUUUGUUUAGGGACUGACUGACAGUAAUGUCACUGUAAUUUGCUCCAUUUGCACACAGAGGCAGCGCUAAUCUGUGAUUGAGGAGCUCGGCGGCUCCGCGUUGCACUGCUAGUGGGGGAUGGAGAAAGAAUAUCGCAAUGCAGAAGAUAAUCAAACGCAUUUCUGGCCCUAAAGGAGACAGAUUAAUACAGAGAGGCUACCAUGACCCCUGCUGAGGAGCCUUCAGAAUCAUUACAUUCGUAAUCACAUGACCGGACCCUACUUAUGAUUGAAAGCCAUGAUGAUGUGUGAGUGUAUCCAGAGACUACACUGCCCUCUUAAGACAAAUUUGUGUGCAAUUUUGAAACCCCUGCUCAAAACACAACAGCGGACACGUAGAAGUAAUGAUAACUUGAUGUGUUAUAUUUAUGGUAGGCCUUCACAGUCCAGCCUCAUACUUCGAUAUUGAGUUGUUGAUUAGAAUUGCUAUAGACGUGAAGACAUAUGCAAAAUUGACAGCGUGAGGUCUCUCCUUACUGUGCACGACUCUGUUUAACGCUGCUCUGAUCACUAAAGGGUCCUUGACCUCUCUCAUCUGUCUUCGCUAUUUCUUUUAUUUGAGGAGAGAACUUAAGUAAUAAGGAAAUAAAGGGGAGAUAUAUAAAUAUUUAAUAAAACUUAAACGUUUAAGUUGUUUAAAUGUUUUAAAUAUUUAAGUUUAACACCAAUAUUUAAGUUUUUUUGUUUUUUUUUUGGAAAUAGGUCUAUUCUUCAACUCCUCCAGAGUUAAUAAGUUGAGUUUUACCAUUUAGGAAUCCAUUCAGCCGAUCGGGUCUGGACACUUUAAGCAUAGCUUAUCAUAGAUCACUGAAUCUAAUUAGACCGGUAGCAUCACAUUGAAAAAUGACAGAAGAGUUUAUAUAUUUUUCCUAUUUAAAACCUGGCACUUUUGUAGUAAUAUCAUAUACUAAGAUCGGCAGAAAAUAUAACUCUCUGGUAAUUUUUUAACGCAGUGAUACUGGUCUAAUUGGAUGCAGUGAUCUAUGAAAAGCUAUGCUAAAAAUGCUAUCACUACACCUGGAGAUCGGCUGAAUGGAUUCAAAAACAGUAAAACUUAACUAACUA